AUGUCAAAAUCGACUUGCCAAGCUUAUGAACUUAUUUCACCCGAAUUUCCUACUCCAAGUUCACUUACCAUUCGAGAUGCGAUUGAAUUUUCCGCCGCCGCCUGGGAUUCGGUAACACAAACUACGAUCAAAAAUAGUUGGCAUCGUACAGGUAUACUUCCUCCUAUGGCUUGGGAUAAUGAUCUAGUAGCAGUUGAUCCGCUUUCUGACGAUGACCGAAUGCCACAUAUUUCUGAUUCCCUGACUGCGGAAGAGUAUAUUCUGGUUGAUAAUCAAAUUGUGAGUGAGGAGCCAAUGACGGAUGAGGAAAUUGUCAGGUUCGUAAACAGUCAAGAUACUGAAGAGCUAGAGAAUAAUGAAGAGUCUGAAGAGUCUGAAUCCUUGAUAAAA